UACCCGCAGACGACUCAGCUUUGAAGCUAAUCGAGUGAGUGACUCGACUCGACUCGACCCCAUCGUGCAAGCACGCAUUGCAUCUUUCCUUAAACCAUUUCGAAAUUCUAUUACAUGAACAUUUCUUACACGAGUAGUGUUGGAUAUGUUUUGGUCAUGUCCAGUGCAGAUUUUGUGUUUUCCUUUUGGGACAACCGGUUGCAUGACUAGCUGCUGUUUUGUUUUGUCUUGAUUUUGAACGGGGGAGUAGGAAACGAGAAAGCCAUGGAUGUCAUCAGCAAUGGGGUCCGAUCGAUCCGCAGCCAUUCCGAUCAAGAGAAGGAGAAUCACGACCCCAAAAUAAGAGCAGUUAAUCUGGGAGGCUGGCUUGUCACAGAAGGAUGGAUCAAGCCUUCCCUCUUUGAUGCAAUCCCCAACAAGGACUUCUUGGAUGGGACUAGACUUCAGUUCCAAUCAAUGACGGUCGGGAAGUUUCUCUGCGCGGAGUCUGGCGGAGGAAGCCGGGUAGUCGCCAACAGCACGGGGACGAGUGAAGUUUCCAAACCCAAGGCAGGUUCUGGUUCCGGUUGGGAGACAUUCAGGCUGUGGAGAAUCAGCGAGACGCUCUUCAACUUCAGGGUCGCCAACAAGCAAUUCGUCGGCCUCGGUUCCAGUGGGGACGGGAUCGAGCUGGUGGCUACUUGCUAUUCACCAGGAGCACCAGAAACCUUCGAGAUUGUGAGAAAUCCGGACGAUCCAAGCCGCGUUAGGAUCAAAGCUUCCAAUGGCUUCUUCUUACAGGUGAGGACGGAGGAACGAGUGUCGGCUGAUUGUCGACGCGACGAGAGCGAUGCGUGGGGAGACGAUGACCCGUCUGUGUUUGUCAUGAGCUUCACCAAAAGAUUGGAAGGCGAGUACCAAGUCACCAAUGGUCUCGGACCCCAAGAAGCCCCCAAAGUCAUGAGGGAACAUUGGAGUACGUUCAUAGUGGAAGACGAUCUCAAGUUCGUCGCUGAGAAUGGGUUGGACGCCGUGAGAAUUCCGGUGGGUUGGUGGAUAGCGAGCGACCCGAACCCUCCGCUGCCUUACGUCGGCGGGUCCUUGGCCUUUCUGGACAGCGCCUUCUCUUGGGCGGAGAAAUACGGGCUGAAGGUCAUAAUUGACCUGCACGCAGCACCUGGUUCCCAAAAUGGCUGGGAGCACAGCUCGUCAAGAGAUGGGUUCCAGGAAUGGGGACACACAGACGACACCAUCCAGCAAACCCUCCAUGUCAUAGAAUUCCUAACUUCGCGGUACACCGAGAGCCCGAGCCUUUAUGCCGUCGACCUCUUGAACGAGCCGCUCGGGGAGACGCUCCCUCUGGAGACCGUCGCCAAGUACUACAGGGCUGGGCACACCGCCGUCCGCAAGCACUCCCCCACGGCCUACGUGAUCAUGUCGCGCGUGCUCGGACCCUCCGGCCCUGAGCUGCUGCUCCCCGUGGCGAGCGGCCUGGACAGGACGGUCGUGGACAUGCAUUGCUACCUUCUGUUCAGGACGAAAUUCGGCACCGUCCAAGAGAACCUCGAUUACGUAUACGAGCAUAGGGUUGCCCAGUUGGACCGUGUGGCUACAUCGGAUGGACCUCUCACAUUUGUGGGUGAAUGGGUGGUGGAGUGGACAGUGAACGGAGCAACCAAAGAGGAGUACCAAAAGUUUGCGGCGGCUCAACUGGAAGUCUACGGCAGAGCCACGUUUGGAUGGGCCUAUUGGACUCUCAAGUGCGCACGAGACCAUUGGAGCUUGGAAUGGAUGAUCAAGAAUGGUUACAUUAAGCUUUAGACGUUACUCUCGGAUUUCCAGAUGGCUGCCAACUAUUCUAAAGUUGAAUAAAUGCGUGAUUUAAUACCUAAUUACCUUUAAAAACUCGUAUUUUUCAGUCUUUCGUGAAAAUUUUCAGUUGGGUAAUACUAAGCAUGAGACU